UCUCUCUCUCUCUCUCUCUCUCUCUCUCUCUCUCUCUCUUUCUUUCUCUUGCCUGGCAUGAGGGAGAUGCACGGGCGUGGACCAGGCGAGACCGAGUGACACACGAUGACACGACGACGACCGCCGGCCCGCAGCGUCGCGUCGCUCUGCGCGAUCGCCUGGGUGUUCUGGGUCGUGUUACCCGCUGAAACCGGAGCAGGACAUAGAGAGAACUAUGCGGACAACAAACAGAGAUACGAUGGGUUUUAUAAUAAUUUGGCUCAUCCCGAUUGGGGUGCGAUAGAUAGCAGGCUAAUCCGAAAGGUCCCGGCGGCAUAUUCCGAUGGCGUAUACGCGAUGGCCGGUCAAGACAGGCCAUCCCCUCGGAAACUCAGCGACCUGUUCAUGCAAGGCGACGAUGGUCUGCCAUCGGUGAAAAAUCGAACCGCGUUGUUCGCUUUUUUCGGACAGCUGGUCACGUCGGAGAUAAUCAUGGCCAGCGAAAGUGGUUGCCCCAUAGAAUUUCAUCGGAUCGACGUGGACAAGUGCGAUCCGGUUUUCGACAAGGAGUGCCAAGGUAACAAGUACAUUCCGUUCCUACGUGCGGAUUACGACCGUCAAACCGGGCGCAGCCCCAACAGUCCGCGGGAACAGAUAAAUAAAGUCACGAGCUGGAUCGAUGGCAGCUUCGUCUACUCGAGCAGCGAGGCGUGGGCCAAUACGAUGCGCGCAUUCGUGAACGGCAGUCUUCUCAUGGAGCAGACGAGACAAUUCCCUGUGAGGAACACCAUGCGCGCGCCCCUCUUCAAUCACGCGGUGCCGCACGUUAUGCGAAUGCUGAGCCCGGAACGUUUAUAUCUCCUAGGCGAUCCGAGAACGAAUCAGCACCCACCGUUGCUCGCCCUGGGGAUCUUGUUCUAUCGAUAUCACAAUGUCAUAGCCGCACGCAUACAGCGAGAACGUCCCGACAUGUCCGACGAGGAAAUUUUUCAGAAGGCACGUCAGAUGGUCAUCGGGACGAUUCAGAAUAUAAUCCUUUACGAGUACCUUCCGGCGUUGCUGAACGAGAAUCUGCCAUCGUACACUGGUUACAAGCCAGAUUUACAUCCGGGUAUCAGCCACAUUUUUCAAAGCGCCGCUUUUCGUUUCGGCCACACUCUCAUACCGCCGGGUAUAUAUCGACGAGAUGAAAAUUGCGAAUACAGAAAGACCAACACGGGCCAGCCAGCCAUGAGACUCUGCUCCACGUGGUGGGAUUCGAACGAGAUUUUAGCUAACAGCACGAUCGAGGAGCUGAUCAUGGGCAUGGCGUCGCAGCUGGCGGAGAAGGAGGACAACCUUCUCGGUACCGAUAUCCGUAACAAUCUGUUUGGCCCCAUGGAAUUCUCGCGCCGGGAUCUCGGCGCCUUGAACAUCAUGCGAGGCCGCGACAACGGUCUACCGGAUUACAAUACAGCCAGGAUGUGCUUGAAGUUACCCAAACGAAAAACGUGGAACGAGAUCAACCCGGAAUUAUUCAACAAGAAUCCCUCGCUGCUGCGUACCCUCAUUGAGAUUUACUCGAACAAUCUCAACAACGUCGACGUCUACGUCGGCGGGAUGCUCGAGUCCAAGGGUGCUCCCGGCGAGCUCUUCACCGCGGUCAUAAAGGAGCAGUUCCUCCGUUUGCGGGACUCCGACAGAUUCUGGUUUGAGAACGAGGAAAAUGGCUUUCUUCUUCGCGGAAUAAGAUUGAAAAAAAAAUAAAUAAUAGUUUUAUUACAAUUUUUGGCGUACAUAUAGGGUAGUGAACUCGUCUACAUCUACGCAUGCGUGUUCCUCGGAUUCGUUCCUAUCCUCUGUGCCGGUGCAGGAUACGGAUUGGUAAAACUGCAGAACAGACGUCGGCGAAGAUUGAAAAUACUUCAAGAGGCGAUCCAAAAGCGUAGCGACGGCCGGAUCUGCGUUGAUAAGAUGAUCGUACGUGAGUGGCUGCACGCGAACCAUCGCCGUCUCGUAAAGGUGAAAUUCGGACCGGAAGCAGCAUUGCACAUCGUCGAUCGAAAGGGGGAGAAAUUGCGCACGUUCGACUUCAGCGGCGUCAACACCAUAACCAUGGAGGAAUCGCAGGAAAGCGAAACCGGACAUCGUAAGGCCCUAGUGCUGUUACGUAUACCGCGCGAUUACGACCUUGUCCUUGAACUCGAUUCGCUGGCUUCGCGUAGAAAGUUCAUUGCGAAAUUAGAGGCCUUUCUGGCGUCGCAAAAAAAGCAUUUCACACUCACGCCAAUCGCCCGGGAUAUCAUGCUGGCAAAAGCGGAAACCAAGGAGCGCCGGCAAAAGAAGCUCGAACAGGUUUGUCUUUCUCACUCGCAUGUUCUAGAUUACUCCUUUAUGGCGGAACACACAGAUCUCAGACAUAUAAUGGGCGUAGGAAUCGCCAUAACUCGAGGAUCAGCAGCCGCGCUAUCCUUUUGCUACAGCCUUUUACUGCUGACGAUGUCGCGUAAUCUGCUAACGAAGCUGAAGGAAUUCUCGAUCCAGCAGUACAUCCCGCUGGACUCGCACAUACAAUUCCACAAGAUCGCAGCGUGUACGGCACUGUUUUUCUCCGUGCUGCACACGGUCGGCCACAUAGUCAACUUUUAUCACGUUUCCACGCAGCCGAUAGCGCAUCUCCGCUGCCUCACCAGCGAGAUCAGCUUUCCCAGCGACGCGCGACCUACUAUUUCCUUCUGGCUGUUUAGAACAGUGACCGGUCUAACCGGUAUUCUUCUCUUUGUCAUCAUGACGAUCAUAUUUGUUUUCGCGCACCCGACCAUACGGCAGAAAGCCUACAAGUUCUUCUGGUCGACCCACAGCCUCUACGUGGUCCUGUACGCAUUGUGCCUGAUUCACGGCUUGGCCCGUUUGACAGGCGCACCGCGAUUCUGGAUAUUCUUCGUCGGCCCGGCGAUCAUUUAUGCGCUGGACAAAGUCGUGAGUCUGCGAACUAAAUAUAUGGCCCUGGAUAUUAUCGAGACGGAAUUACUACCUUCCGACGUGAUAAAGAUCAAAUUCUACAGGCCUCCAAACUUGAAGUAUUUAUCGGGUCAGUGGGUGCGUCUCGCCUGUACCGCUUUCAGAUCCAACGAGUUUCACUCCUUCACGCUGACCUCGGCGCCGCACGAGAAUUUUCUGUCGUGCCACAUAAAAGCUCAGGGCCCGUGGACGUGGAAGCUCCGGAAUUACUUCGAUCCCUGCAAUUACAGUCCGGAGGACGAGUACCCGAAAAUUCGUAUAGAAGGUCCGUUCGGCGGAGGGAAUCAAGAUUGGUACAAGUUUGAGGUCGCGGUGAUGGUCGGAGGAGGCAUCGGGGUCACUCCUUAUGCCUCGAUGCUCAAUGAUCUUGUAUUCGGAACGUCCACCAAUCGAUAUUCGGGUGUCGCGUGCAAAAAGGUUUAUUUUUUAUGGAUUUGCCCAUCGCACAAACACUUUGAAUGGUUCAUCGACGUUCUCAGAGACGUUGAGAGAAAAGACGUUACGGAUGUACUUGAAAUUCACAUAUUCAUCACGCAGUUUUUUCAUAAGUUCGAUUUACGUACUACUAUGCUGUACAUAUGUGAGAAUCACUUUCAGAGGCUAUCGAAGAAGAGUAUAUUUACCGGACUGAAAGCCAUCAAUCACUUUGGUAGGCCGGACAUGACGUCAUUUCUGAAAUUCGUUCAGAAGAAACACAGCUAUGUUAGCAAAAUAGGAGUAUUCAGCUGUGGACCGCGUCCUCUGACGAAAAGCGUCAUGUCGGCCUGCGACGAAGUCAACAAAACGCGGCGCCUGCCGUAUUUCAUUCAUCACUUCGAAAACUUCGGCUAGUCUACACUGCACCCCAUGCGUAUGAGAUGACGGACUGUCAAUGUGAUUGACAACGUUCCAUCCCUUCGACGGUUUACUGCAGAAUGUACAUAUUUAUGUGCUGCUUUUUACUAUUUAUUAACUAUAAUGAACUAUUAUAU